UCCCGAGCCGCGCGCGCCUAAGGGCCGUGGGACGUGGGUCUUGCGGGCUUGCCUCCUGGUCGGCCCGGGCUUCAAGCUCCGACUCGGUGAUCGUCUGAAUUUGGGGCCUGAGUCGCCCCUGAACCGUACAGUGACCACCCCCUCUUCUUGGGCCGGCAUUGCCGGCAGGAGACGCCCUCAGCCCCAAACCCCCACCACACGCACCGCGACGCCCCUCUGGAGCCGCAGAACGAGUGGGACGUGGGGGGCAAGCCGAGGUGGAAAGGACUUGGCGGCCCUGUGACCAGUUGGUUUGUUAAGCGUUUGAGUGCCUACUGCAUGCGAGGGGCUGAGAUGCGGGUAAACAGCACCCACACGUCCCUGUCUUCGUGGCGUUUACGUUUUAGAAGUCGACAGCCAGGGAAAAACGGACAAACGAGACGACUUUAGGCAGUCGUGGUGCUGUGAUUUAAAAAAUCAAGGGGUCUGGUUGUAACCGAGCAGAGUUGCCCACCCUGUGCUGCGGGUAGCCAAUGACACUGACACGUGUGCAGUGAAAAGCGUUUAUUGUAGACCGCGGCACAACGGAGAGCGGAUGGCUUUCGCUGGAAAAACCCGAACGCCCCGUCCGCUUAUUGGCAGUUGUUUUUAAAGGGUGAAAUGGGGGUAGGGGGUCUUCAAUACGUUAUCAGCUCGGGGGUGUUUUAUGAUUGGUUGGAGCUGGCGUUACAAAGACAUUUUAGGAGUUUUGGUCAUCAGUUCUUUGUGACUGUUGGAGGUUUUGUAAGAAUGACUCAAGGUAUGCGUCAGUAUGUCAUCUGUGAUUCCAGAGGACGAAUUAGUGCCCCAAGACCCUGAUUUAUGUCUGAGAAAGUUGACUUCGUUGAAUGUAAAUAAAGAAAAGGGACUGGGGUCUGAUUUCUUACAAGAACUGGCGGGGGGUGGGGGGCUUGCUGAGAAGGGAUUCUACAAUAGCUGGGCUUCAUGGUGCGCUGCAAAGGGCUUUGAAGAAGGGGCAUGCUUUUGCUGAGACCGGACGGUAAGAAGUGAGCCAGGAAGGUGGUUCAAGGCAGGAGGAGCAGCCACCUUGAAAGAUGGGAAUGGCCGAGGGGAGUGUGAGGUCAGGAUGAGGCGGAGCCCGAUUACGUGCGGCGCGACUUCCCAGCUGUGUAAUCUGGACGGACACUGCCAGGCCUGUACUCCGUUUCCUCUUUUGAAAAACACAGCUCAGAGCUCCGGCGCCGUGGAGGAGAUUUUAGACCUGGAGAACAAGCGGAUGGCUGACAGCCUGGCCUCCAAGGUCACCAGGCUCAAAUCGUUGGCCCUGGACAUCGAUAGGGAUGCUGAGGACCAGAACCGGUACCUGGAUGGCAUGGACUCGGAUUUCACAAGUGUGACAGGUCUGCUCACGGGGAGCGUGAAGCGCUUUUCCACAAUGGCGCGGUCUGGGAGAGACAACCGAAAGCUUCUGUGCUGCAUGGCCUUGGGCCUGGUUGUGGUCUUCUUCAUCCUCUCCUACCUCCUGUCCAGGGCAAGGACGUGAGCCAGUGGGAGCUGGCUUCUGAGGGUGCCCGGGGCAACCAGGGUUGUCCCUACCUGGUGUCCUGGGCUCCAGAGGACCUGCCUACAAAAUGCUCCUUCGAAACGAUGACCAUGGCUUAGGAAUCUUCUUCCUGUGUGGCUGGGAGCCCAUGGCUACUUCUGACUCAGCUGUGUUGACUGGUCCCAUGUGUGCAAGGGCCCAGGUAUCAGAGGCACUGCGGAAACAUAUCUGAGCAGAGCAGCUGGAAGUCCUGGACACGGCCUCCAGAGGCUGGCAGCCCUUCCACAGACCCUUGGUUCCGACAUCUCACCGUUUUCCUACCUGCUCAUCCUUGUCUGGUAAGGCCACGCCUGGUGUCCUAGGUGCCUGGAUCUGGUACAGGAAGGGCGUGUGGUUGUGGGCCUCUACUCAUGGCCAGAGCCGCCGAGCACAGGCAUAGUGGGGCUUGGGCCCACCGCCAGGCCUCUGCCUGCUGUCCAGCCCCAUGGCUGAAGCCAGACCUUCGGGAAAGGGCAGGGAUGUGGACGAAGGAGUGGACUGGAGUCUUGGCUGGAAGCACUGGACCCAGAACCUUCUGGAUCUCGCAGCUGUGUAUCCAUGAGCAGAAUUCACAUUUUCUCAGGAUUUAGGAUCUACCCAGCACCAAAAGAUGCAGUUCCAGGAGCGCAGAUCUGAUGAGGGGCCCAUCUGGUGCUUCAGUCAGGCAAGAGCAGUGGGGCUUCCCGGCACGGACCCUCCUCAUAGGACCCGUAGGUCACUUCUUCUCACAGUGACAGGACCUCUGAGCCGCCUCCUUGUCCCCAGCUCCUGCAGAUGCCCGCCCCGCCCACCUGUCCCUGGUCCCUUACUGCUCCUGUGGCCAGCCCCAGGCUCACACAAAGCAAAGCAUUCAGGCCAGUGGCUUUUCACCCCACAGUGAGAACCCAGCACCCUUGACAUGAAAACAUGUGUUAGAAAAGGGGUCCCUGUCCUCGUUCCCAUCUUCUGUCUUCUCGUUCCGGUCACCUCCCCCACCGCCUCCCCCCACCUCCCAUUACUUCCUGAGGACCACUGGCUCACUGCCCACCGCCCUGCACGGUCACCCCGUGUGCGGCCACAGCCUGGUGCCUGUCAGCUCGUGCCGCUGUCCUGCCUGGCUGUGGCCUCCAUCCCUGGAUGCUGCUGUUCCCUGUUCUCUCUCCUCCUCCCUGCUGGCCCGGUCCAUCCUCACGGUCCCCACUGUGCCCUCUCUGCCAUCGUACCUGCUGGCCCUCAGUCCCAGGGGGAGGAGGACGCCCACCCCUCCAGGAUGGGCUCUUUUCACUGAGGUUGGCUUAGCUGCUGCUGCGUCUGGGGCUUGACUGCCCCCGCCACGUUCCGGCCCCCGAGGUCCUGCCUUGCUCCCCAGUGGCCCUGUGCACCCCAGCUUUGGCUUCACGCUCUGCUCGUCUCAUGUCAACCCUUGUUAUGGGGACUUGUCCACUGUUCACCAAGCUGGACAGCUGCUACCUGUGUGCAACUGGUCACUACGGGCAGCAGCACACCUUACCCCUAUCCUGGGCCUGUGGGCUCACCUCACGUCCUGACCUGAGGGUGCUCCGGCCGCACUGCCUGCUGGUCCUGCCAGUGCUGCCUGGGCCUUCCUGCCAACUCUCUGAGAUACCCUGUUGCUAGUUUUGUCCCCACCUUCAUCUCCACAGCUCUGCAGCCAUUUGGGGCCUGGGUCUUAGUUCCUCUCUGGUGUUUUUUCACUCAUGGUGUUAGGAUGAAUUCCGUGAAGUGGGCGUGGCGCUCAGCCCUGCACUUGGCACCUAGGCCUGUGGGUUUUGUGUUGCCAACACUGAUCCCUGAGACCAGUAAAAUGGAAAAGGACUUGGGGCCCCGCCUGCCAAGUGAGGACAGAGUGCCAAGCUCUGCCCCAUAAAGCAAGAUCGGAAUAAACGGCUCCACCAGGAA